AGGGUUAUUUCAGCUCAGCGGACCUGACAAACACUCUUCGAGCAAGAUGAAUAAAUGUUGUAGCCCAGCCCGUGCUAAUAAUAAUAAUAAUAAGUGUGGCCAGCUGAGUCAAAGAGUGCCGGAAGCGAAUCCUGUGAGGCUCAGAGCAGAAAGUAAGACCCGACAUGGACCAGGAGCUGCCCUGAUGCACCGCCAGGACUCCAGAGAGUCUUUCCCAGUCUCCAGCUCUAAUAUGACGCCACGUUCUGAUCAGCGACGUUGGUCAGCCGACUUGUGCAAGUGUGGGACCUCGCCAGUCUUUACUGUGAGGAAGAACAAGAAGGAACCAGAGCCUCCGCAGCGUGGCGUGUCCCUCCGCCCCCAGGCAGCGCCCCAUCAGACAUCCAAACGCUACUCCUGCCCUCCCAUCGGGGUCUUCAAGUCACCAACUCACUCUUCAUCCUCCUCCUCUUCUUCCUGCUCCUCUCCUCCUCCCACCCGGACAUCCGUCAUCACCGGCCCCGACCCGUCCGGCUGGAAGUUGCGCCCCAAGUCGAGGUCCAGCUCCGCCCGUGCUCGCACCAACAGGCUGUCUCUGCAGAUCCCCCUCCCCGUCGUCUUUCCUGAACACCAACCUGUUACUAACUCUCUCUCAGUCAGCUCUCUUAGUCCAGAACCUGAAGCCGAACCCCUCGUCAGACCCAAACCACACGGUCGCCGCCACUCUGACUCCUCCGCCCUCCUCCGGUCCCUGGCGACCCCUCAACCGGCGCUGACGCUGGCGGAUCUCUACGCCGUACGUCUCCGCCGGGUGUCGGACAAUGUCUUCAGCGAGGGAAAUGAGGAGAAGGUGGAGGUGAAGCGCAAAAUACCGCCAGCAGUUCCAGAAAAAACCUCCAUGGUGAGACAAAUAGCACAGCUGAUGGCUGAGUCACAGCAGCACUGUGAGCCUGUUCCAGCUAACGAGGAAAUCAUUUACACCAGCGUCAUCAAGCCAAAGAAUAAACAGUCACACACCAGCGGGGACCACAGCAGCCUGAGUGAGAGGAUAGCUGGGCUGAGAGUGGAGAGCAGAUGUGACAGGGAGACUCCACGCUUCCCUGGCUGAGAGAGUCCCUCUAACUCUGACACCACUAACCAGCAGGACCAGUUGUUGCAGUACAUGUACUGUUAGUCCUCAGGAUGGGACAUCAGCCCGUCGCCCACAGCAUUUGUCUCAUUUAAAGUUUCGACUGAAAGCUCUGAGAUUGCAAGAUUUAAGUUAGAGUUAAACACUUUCCUAGCCACCCACUGACACCACUGAGUGUUAUUACCUCAGAAUGCAUGGUGUCUAUACAACCCUACAAAGCCUAAAUGCAGUAACUACAUUGUUGGUCAGAAUUAAGUUAUAACUAAAAAUGAACUCCUUGAUGUCUGUUUUAUCUUGUGACAAAGUUUUAGAUUUCAAUUUUGCUUUAUUUGAGGGGAAUAAUACUGUGAUACAGUGUAGCCUUGUAUUUCUUCAUUGUGUUGAAUAGUGCAGAGAAGAAUAAUAGAAAUUAUAAGUUUAUGUGAUAGGGAAAUGAUUAUUUAGAUAGUGAUUAAGUAAA